CAAUUUCAGGCCAAAACGCACAAAUCCCCAACACACACUUAAAAUAGUUUUAACAGGAAAACAAUUUCGCAUGCAGCAUAUGCUUCAGAGGGAGAGAAAUGGGCGCGAAUAUUAAAAUAUAAAUGAAAAGCUGCCAAGAUGAUUGACCAUACUGUAGCCCUGAGCCAUUUUUUCUUCACAAGAGAAAAUUGCUCACAGGAUGAAGAAAUUAAUUUUUUCCACCAUGACAGCAUAAAGACUUCAUUGAAAAAUUUUCAUCUCAAUGAGGCAUGGGCAGGUAAAUUUGUGCGCGGGAGAUGCCUUUUGGGCCAGCACGCGACACUCUGUGGAUCACGCGAAGAGAGAAAAACCGCGAGAGUUGCGGAAUUGCGAAGACGCCGGUCGAUAGCUUCCGUGCGAUCUCACGGAGUUGCGGAGGGCAGCAGGGGGGUUGCAGCAAAUGGGGUCACGAAAGUGAUGAAUCACGUGCGGUGGGGCAUUUUCCCACGUGCAGGGGCAACCAGAGUUGCUGAUCUGUGCUGUUGUGUGCCCACCAAGGUCCACCAUUGGCUGGGCUUUUUUUUCUUUCCUCCAUCAUCGAGUAAAAUGCAAAAUUAUCCAAUUCCCGAAGCAUUUUCACGACUCAAUACCCACUGACUUUUUGCCGUGGUGUGUGCUCCCCACCUGUCCCCAGGUCUCCGGAUAAAAAGUCCAUUGUACUGCGGUGGGAAGACUCAGUUGUGCGUGUGGAGUCUACUUGUGAAAAUGUUCAGGAUUGCUCCCUUCCUCCUGGCUGUGGUGCUGCUGUAUGCAGCAGGGGCACAGGGUCAGGAUUGCAGGGAUCUCCCACCGUUGCGAAUUAAUCCAAAAGAAUGCUGCAGGCAGCCAAAGCUAAUCGAUGACUCCGUCUUUGCGCGUUGCUUUGAGAAUUUCGGUGUGAGGAAUCGCAACUUCCAACCACCUCCACCUCCACCGCGUCAGGGAUUCCGUCAGUCAGCUCCUCCGCGGGGUUUUCGCGGUGGCCCACCGGGAUUCCCAUCAUCCUGCAUUGCGGAGUGUGUGUUCAACAGCACGAAUCUCUCAUUGGAUGAUCCCAAAACGGCUGCAGAUUACAUAGGAGCUACAUUGCAGGGUGGUGGAGCAGAGUGGAUCCCAAUCUUCGUCGAAGGAUUCGCCACAUGCACCAAAGCAGCAUCAGAGAAGUUGCGUGAAAAUGAUGUGGAUGUGGGGGCGUUUGAUGGAUGUAGCCCACUUCCUGGAGCCAUUCUGGCCUGCCUGCAUUCCCACGUCUUCACAAAGUGCCCCCAGAAUGUUUGGAAGAAUGCUCCUGGCUGUGACCAACUGAGAGAUUUCUUCACUGCUUGUCCGUUGCCUCCGAUGUUCUAAAUCAAUUCAGUUACUCUUCAUCCAGUCCAAGCCUCCACUGAGAUCAGCCAUCGCGUACACGAAAAAAACGGUCACAGAAACCCAAAUGAAGCAGCUGGCCUGACCACAAAAAUCAACUGAACUUUUCCAAUGUAUUUUCCAUCGAGUUUUCACGCAAAAAAAUUAAAUAA